CUAGCCAACUAUAAAUAUUCUAAAUGCCUCGAUAGUGGCAUCAUUGAGUUUAGCAACUGCUGAGUGUUAAGUUCACAAAUUCGGCAAAAUAUAAUAAAAAUAAUUUUAUAACUUGACAGGCCACACAAAAGGAUAACAAUAAAAUGAAACUCUUCGCAGUCGCACUCGCUGCGUGCUUUAUUGCAUAUGCUAUCGCCCAAUCAGCACCAGUUGAGCCCUCAGCCGAGUAUUUGCCACCAGUCGGUGAUGAAUCGGCACCACUUGGCGAUGAUGGGUACCGUUAUAAGGCAGUGCGUCGUCUGAAGUAUCGUCAUCGUCGUGAGGUACCUUCAGAGGAAUAUCUACCGCCAGUAGCUGAACCAUCCUCCGAAUAUAUACCACCGGAGGGUGCUGAGACUCGUGUAGCUGAAGAUGGUUAUAGAUACAAAACUGUAAGACGUUUCAAAGUACACCGUCAUCGUCGUGAAGCUCCUUCCGUUGAAUAUUUGCCACCAGUUGCCGAGCCCAGCGCUGAAUAUUUACCACCAGAGGGUGCUGAAACCCGUGUCGCUGACGAUGGUUACCGUUAUAAGACUGUACGUCGUUUGAGAUUCCGUGCUCGUCACCGUCGUGAUGUCUCUGAAUUAACUUCCCUGCCAUCUGCUGAAUACUUACCUCCUGUGGAAGUUGAGUUGGCUCCGGAGUUGAAAACCGUCUUAGGUGACGAUGGUUAUCGUUAUAAGACUGUGCGUCGUUUGAAGUACCGCCGUCAUCGUCGUGAAGCUGAGGCUGCUGAAGAAGUUGCCGCCGCUGAAAGCGUUGAUGCUCCCAAUGGUGAAUACUUGCCACCUAGUAAUGAUGUUUCUGAAGUACCAGAGGUGAAGAGUGCUGAAUUGGCUCAAGAUGGUUACCGUUAUAAAACAGUGCGCCGCUUGAAGUACCGCCAUCGUCAGUAACUGUACAAACCUAAUGAACCCGCACGUGAAAUGAUGAGUGUCAAGUAAAUGGUUGUGAUUCCGAAGAUAUGAUGUGAAAAUAUGAUGUAUUCGAGAUAUGGAAUUUUAAAAUGAAAUAGUCCCACGUGUGCUGAUUGCGCUUUACUAUUAGAUUGUUAUAUUAAGAAAUAAAAUGCAAGAAUAAUAAAAUUUAUUCAAAUAAAAA